UCACAAGCCACCAAAGUGGGCAUGUUUCCUAUAAUAAAUAUAUCACGUUAGACUUGGACCAAUGGCCAGUGGGUCAAGGGUAGCAAAGAGGCGAUGGGAUUAUGGGAGAGAGCCAAACAGGGGAAGCAAACCGGCGGCCAUCAAAAAGGGGGAGGAGAGCAGGAUGUAGAGUAGAUUGGUUUGUUGUGGAUUAGGUUUACAAUCCCACCACCACACCCCUGGCGUGUCGUACGUACGUGGGAUUCCUCGCUUCCGGCGGUGGUUGUGAAUCGUUAGCCUAAGAACUGCGAACCAGUCAAGCCCAUGCACCCUCAACACUCCACCCUCGCCUUAUAUCUCCCACCCAUCUCCAACCACUGUUCGCCAGCUCCAUCACCAUAUCCCACCUCCAUUAGCGUAAGAACGAUAUAGACUCAGAAGCUAGCUGGAGAAGUAGUAGUAAAAGGAAUAGUAUAUAAUAGGGGAGAUGGAGGGUCGAUAUUCCGGCCGGCCGAUAUCCGGCUCCAUCGUGGCGGAGCUCGAAGGCGGCCUCCUCAAGGACACCGACCCCUUCCCCUACUUCAUGCUUAUCGCCUUCGAGGCAUCCGGCCUGGUCCGCUUCACCAUUCUGCUUCUCCAAUGGCCGGCCAUUCGCUUGCUAGGCUUGCUCGGCAUGGAAGAGCUGGGGUUGAAGCUUAUGACAUUCGUGGCGGUCGCAGGGGUCCGGAUGUCGGAGAUCGACGCGGUGUCGCGUGCGGUGCUGCCCAAGUUUUAUAUGGAUGAUGUCGAUAUGGCGGCAUGGGGCAUGUUCAGCUCGCAUGAGCGGCGGGUGGUGGUGACGAGGUGCCCGAGGAUCAUGGUCGAGAGGUUCGCGAAGGAGCACCUGAGUGCCGACGAGGUGGUCGGAGGUGAGCUCGAGGUUAAUCGGUUUGGGUUUGCCACUGGGCUUCUGAAGAGAGUGGAGGAGUCGGUCGUGCGAGAAGUGUUUAAUGGCGAUAUGCCGGACAUCGGUAUGGGUAGGUCCACGUUGGCUCAGGCAUUCUUAUCUUUUUGCAAGGAACAGCACCACCCACCAUUUGCCGCCGAUCUCAAGCACAACAACCAGUCAAUCCGCCCGCUGCCAGUCAUAUUCCAUGAUGGCAGGCUCGUUCGCCGCCCGACGCCGUUCACGGCACUCCUCAUCAUCCUAUGGAUUCCAUUCGGCAUCAUAAUGGCCUUGGCACGCAUCACAAUCGGUCUAAUCCUCCCCAUGCAAUUCAUCCCUUACAUGAUUGGCAUCUUCGGCGGCGAAGUCAUCGUGCGAGGCCGCCCUCCACAGCCAGCUGCAUGCAGCUCGACGAGUGGCAUCCUCUUCGUGUGCACCCACCGUACUCUGAUGGACCCGGUUGUCCUCUCCGUGGUCCUCCGUCGCAAGGUCCCGGCGGUCACCUACUCCAUCUCCUGGCUAUCGGAGAUCCUGUCGCCCAUCCGCACCGUCCGGCUGAGCCGAGACCGUCGAGUGGAUGCCGAGCGCAUAAAGACUGAGCUAGCGAAAGGAGACCUUGUGGUGUGCCCGGAGGGCACGACAUGCCGAGAGCCCUUCUUGUUAAGAUUUAGUGCUCUUUUUGCCGAGCUGACCGAUCGGAUCGUGCCGGUGGCCAUGAAUUACCGUGUCGGAUUCUUCCAUGCAACCACUGCUAGGGGAUGGAAAGCCAUGGACCCGAUAUUCUUCUUCAUGAACCCCAGGCCGGUGUAUGAGGUGACGUUUCUGAACCAGUUGCCGGUGGAGGCGACGUGCUCCGCCGGGAAGAGCCCGCAUGACGUCGCCAACUAUGUGCAGAGGAUCUUGGCGGCCACGCUUGGGUUCGAGUGCACCAACUUCACCAGGAAGGACAAGUACCAAGUGCUCGCCGGCAAUGAUGGGACCGUGAUCGGUUUCAAGUCGACGACGCCGUGGAUGGGGAGGGUGAGGGAGGUGCUGGGGUUUCUGCUGCACUAAUGUUGCCCAUGGGGGGUUUGGGUAAGGCUACAUGGCAUGUCAUGUGCUUCAACUUUCGGUGGUUAUAAUUCUUAUUUUUAAGAUUCUUUCAUGUUGUAAUAAUUGGUUCCCAUAUGCAGUUUAAAUUUGCUUAAUUUGUUGAGAGACAUGCGUGCUCUUCGUAAUUGAGCUGGUUGCCGCCAGAAGGGUUCCGCAUGAAUUAGA